AGGUCUAAUGCAACCGCCUCGGUUUACAAUGCAACCCUCUUCGUCAAAUAGCAUAGUUAGAGAAGGAACAACAAAGAUUUUACAAUGCUCCGCGAUAGGAAUACCGCAACCCAUGUAUAGAUGGUUAAAAAACGGUGAACCGUUAGGGGAUUACUCUUCAGAAUUAUUUUAUAAAAUUCACAAUACACAACGGCAAGACGCGGGCGCAUACCAGUGUAUCGCAAGGAAUGAUGUAGGAGCAAUUUUUAGUGAAAAGAAUAACAUAGUUGUUGCAUUCAUGGGAGUUUUUGAAAACGCUUUAGAAGAAGUUAUAACUGUUGAAUCCGGUAAUGCGGCGAUUCUCGAUUUUCCACACAUAGAGUCCGAACCGCCGCCAUCCGUUAUUUGGCAGGACGAAAAUGGUGUAAACGGUGUCCUGCGGUACGAUCAAAAGUAUGCUAUCACCGAUAAACACCAACUAGUAAUAUUAUGCGCGUCUAAAGACGAUCAGCGAGCCUAUAGAGCGCGAGCAAUAAACACCCAGUUAGGAAAGGUAGAAAACAGUCCGUACAUUAGGUUAAAAGUGAACGGAGACGAUGACAAAGAAAUAGCACCCGAAAUUAUUAUUAAGCCGCGAGAUACGAAGAUAAUAAAAGGCCAAGAAUACACAAAUAUUUACUGCAUCGCCAACGCGAGACCGCUGCACGAGCUCGAAACUUUAUGGUUUAAAGACGGGAUAUUGAUCGAUUUAGCGGGAAUUACUUACGACCUAAAUGAUCAAUGGAACCGCACGCUGAGUCUCAUAUCGGCCAAUUUAAACCACACCGGCCGGUAUACGUGUCAAGCGAGAUUAAAGUCUGGCGGAUUCGCUACAGUUACAGCCUCUGCGUCCGUUACGGUGUUCGAAAAACCGGUGAUGGUGACCAGUUUAAAAUCGGAAACUUUUGGCGAGUUCGGCAGUACUAUUGUCUUAGAGUGCAACGUGCAAGGUAUACCCAUGCCCGGUAUCACGUGGUACAAGGACGCGAAGAAAAUUGCGAGUGUCGGAGCUGAUACCGAGGAGUCCGAUAAUGCGGACGUCGACGAUGGAGGAGGUAGAUAUAGGGUGGAAGUCGACAGAUCGCUCGUUAUCAGUAAUCUCAAGAUGGAAGAUAUGGGAAUAUAUCAGUGCAUAGCUAGUAACGACGCUGGGGAGUCCUCGAUCUACACGUGGUUAAAGAUAAAAACCAAGGAAAAUAUUCGCGUUCCACGCAGUCACAUGAAGUUGAUAAGAAUGAGGACUGCAGAUAAUAAAGCAAAAACGUUCAAAUUUGAUACCGGCACGUCUCCGCCCAUUAUGCAGACUGCACCGGCCAACCUCACCGUGCUUGACGGGAAGGAUGCCACCAUCGCCUGCCGGGCAGUCGGCGCGCCCACACCCAACGUCACGUGGUACUUCAACGAUUCUCUUAUAAUAAACCUGUCCGGAAGAUUACAAGCUUUAGAGGAAGGAGACUUGUUAAUUACCAGCACGACAACAGCAGAUAGUGGAAAAUACACUUGCAUACGUGCAAACGACGCGGGCAAUGUUUCGGGCGAAGCGUAUCUUACAAUACUCGUAAGGACUCAAAUAAUCGCUCCUCCCGUCGACACCAAAGUUCUACUAGGUCACACGGCGACGCUUCAGUGCAAAGUUUCCAGCGACCCGAACGUCAAAUACAACAUCGACUGGUUUCAUAACAAACAGCCCAUGACGGCGGGGUCGCGCGUGUGGGUGGCGGGCGACGGCGCGCUGCAGGUGCAGGCGGUGCGCGCGGGCGACGCGGGCGAGUACGCGUGCGUGGUGACGUCGCCGGGCGGCAACCACACGCGGCGCGCGCUGCUGUCCGUCAUCGAGCUGCCCUUCGCGCCCACCAACGUGCGCGCCGAGCGCCUGGACGCCACGCCGCAGCGCGCCGUCAACGUGUCCUGGACGCCCGGCUUCGACGGCAACUCGCCCAUCCAGAAGUACAUAGUGCAGCGUCGCGUCGUGCCCGAAUUUGGACCCACCCCAGACCCAUUGUUGAAUUGGGUAACAGAACCGAUGAAUGUAUCUGCUAAUCAGCGAUGGGUGCUCCUAACAAGCUUGAAGGCGGCAACUUCCUACCAAUUUCGAGUUUCUGCAGUAAAUACAGUAGGAGAAGGCCCGCCUUCCGAACCGACGGAAGUCUUGACUCUACCUCAAGAAGCGCCAUCUGGACCUCCUGUAGGGUUUAUGGGGUCGGCGCGAUCCUCUUCGGAGAUAAUAACCCAAUGGCAGCCGCCGUUAGAGGAACAUAGAAAUGGUCACAUUUUGGGUUACGUGAUCAGGUAUCGCUUGAAAGGCUACGACAACAGCCCGUGGACGUAUCAGAACAUUACCAAUGAAGCGCAACGGAACUAUCUCAUUCAAGACUUGAUAACAUGGAAAGAUUACAACGUGCAAAUAGCCGCUUACAAUGAUAAGGGUGUCGGUAUGUUCUCGGACAGUUACACAAUCAAGACGAAAGAAGGAGUGCCCGAAGCGGCGCCGGACAGUGUCCGCUGCGAGGCUUUUAACUCCACUGCCAUACAAGUAUGGUGGACGCCACCCAAUCCUCAAAAAAUAAACGGCAUCAAUCAGGGAUAUAAAAUUCAAGCGUGGCGAUGGGACGAAGCUACAAACGAUAGUGUGGAACAAAAACUAGUAAGCGUGCCACCAAAUCUGCUGGAUCCCCUCACCGAACAGACUGCCGCUAUUGACGGCCUGGAAAAAUUUACAGAAUAUAAUAUAUCUGUUUUAUGUUUUACGGAGCCGGGCGACGGUCCACGAAGUGAUUUCGUUUUAAUAAGGACAAAAGAAGAUACACCUGAUGAAAUAGUAAACCUUCAAUUCGAUGAUGUCUCGGAUCGUGCGGUCAGAGUCUCCUGGUCGCCGCCGAAGAAGUCGAACGGCGUUCUCAUCGGUUACAAGCUUAAAUACCAAAUAAAGGACAAUCCCGAAUCGUUAAAAGAAGAAAUAUUACCACCCAACGACACCAGCAUACGCGUGGAGCACUUGCAGGCCAGCACGCAGUACCAGUUCUGGGUGAGCGCGCUGACGGGCGUGGGCGAGGGCGCAGCGCGCUCGGCCGCCAUCCAGUCGGGCGUGGAGCCCGUGCUGCCCACGGCGCCGCGCGGCCUGGCGCUGUCCAACAUCGCCGCGCACUCCGUGCUGCUGCAGUUCACGCCCGGCUUCGACGGGAACUCUUCCGUCUCGCUCUGGACCGUGCAGGCUCAAACUGCCCGUAACUCAUCGUGGGUGACAAUUUACGAAGUAAGCGCCCCUGACGCGCAGUCUAUCCUCGUCACCGGCCUGGUACCGUUCACUACGUACCGCUUAAGAUUAAUCGCUACUAACGUCGUUGGUUCGUCCCCGCCUUCAGAGCCCUGCAAAGAAUUUCAAACGAUCCAAGCUCCUCCGCAACAUCCGCCCAGGAACGUGACCGUGCGCGCCGUUAGUGCCAACAACCUUCGCGUUAGAUGGAUUCCCUUGCAACAAAGCGAAUGGUAUGGUAAUCCGAAAGGUUACAACAUAACGUAUAAACGCAGCGGCAGUAACGACACCCUUUACAGUAUAAUCGAGGAUCAUACGGCUAACUCGCAUAUUCUCUCAAACUUAGAAGAAUGGUCUAUAUAUGAAAUUACGAUGACCGCUAUUAACGAAGUCGGUACUUCCGUUGCUAGCCCAACUGCUACGGAGAGGACCAGAGAAGCAGUUCCAUCAAGUGGCCCAGUCGGUGUGUCAGCCAAGGCAACAUCAUCUACGACAGUAGUUGUUGUAUGGGGCGAUAUUUUACCCCAGGAUCAAAAUGGUCUUAUCGAGGGGUACAAGGUGUGUUACGCUGCGGUGGUACCACCACCUCGGCCAGAGCAGAAGAAAGUAGAGUGCCAUCCCAUAUUGUCGAACCAAACUCACACGGUUACGUUGACAGAACUACGGAAGUACGUCGUAUACCAAAUUCAAGUAUUGGGCUACACGCGACUGGGCGACGGGGCUCUCAGCGAUCCUCCCGUCACCGUCAGAACUUUUGAGGACACACCCGGCCCACCCUCAAACGUAUCUUUCCCCGACGUUAGUUUUACUACGGCGCGUAUCAUUUGGGACGUCCCCGAAGACCCUAAUGGCGAGAUCUUAGCAUACAAAGUGACCUAUCAUCUCAACAGUUCAACGCAGCACAUGUUCUCGAAGGAGUUUCUGCCUUCCGAUAGAACGUUCAGGGCCACGGAGCUGCAGGCGGAGCAGUACUACGCGUUCGCGCUGACGGCGCAGACGCGGCUGGGCUGGGGCGCCACGCUGCGCGCGCUGGUGCUCACCACGGCCAACCGCGCCGCGCCCGCGCCGCCCGCGCGCCCGCUCGUGGCGCGCUCGCUGCUGCAGCCGCACCAGAUCACCUUCUCCUGGGCGCCCGGCGACGACGGCUACGCGCCGCUCAGGUACUACACGAUCCAGCAGAAGGAGGAGGGGGGGACAUGGCAAACGCUUCCAGAACGCGUCGACCCUUUCGCGACUUCCUACACUGUGGAAGGCCUGAAGCCUUACACGGCGUACCAGUUCCGAAUCCGUGCCACCAACGACAUCGGACCCAGUCGUUACAGUAACGCUACCGAGACCGUCCGCACUUUACCGGCAGCGCCCAGCAAGGCGGUGGAGGGCCUGCGCGUGGUGCCCAUCACGCCCAGCAGCGUGCGCGUGCAGUGGGCGCCGCUGGGCGAGGCGCACUGGAGCGGCGACGCGCGCACGGGCGGCUACGCGGUCUCCUACCAGCCGCUCACCGACUUCCCCGCCUCGCUGCAGACCACCAUGAAGCAGGAGGUGCCGGGCAUCAAGAGCUCGGAGGUCGUGCUGACGGAGCUGGCGCUGGACCGCAACUACGAGAUCAGCGUGUGCGCCGUGAACUCGCAGGGCGCGGGCCCGGGCGGCGCGCCGGCCGUGGUGUGGGUGGGCGAGGCCGUGCCCACCGCGCCGCCGCAGGCCGUGCGCGCGCGCGCGCUGUCGCCCACCGAGGUGGCGCUCUCCUGGGGCCCGCCGCUCCUGGCGCAGCAGAACGGGGACUUGCUGGGCUACAAGAUUUUUUACUUAAUGACGGAGUCUCCGGAGGAGCCGGAACCGGGACGAAAGGCAGAGGAAGAGAUCGAAGUGGUGCCGGCCACUUCCACCUCGCAUUCGCUCGUGUUUCUUGACAAGUUUACACAGUACCGAAUUCAGGUGUUAGCGUUUAAUCCCGCUGGAGACGGACCGAGGUCUGAGGCGAUCCUCGUGCGGACGCACCAGGGACUGCCUUCUGCGCCUCGGAAUAUUACGUUUUCUGAGAUUACUAUGAACAGUCUCGUCGUGGCGUGGGACCCUCCUCACCGUCGGAACGGCCUCAUACAUUCCUACCUCGUCACGUACGAGACUAUCGAACAAGAUGAACGGUUCAGCAAGCAGGUGAAGCAGAAGGUGUCGGAGCGGCGGCUGGCGGUGGGCGCGCUGGAGGAGGAGGUGCAGUACCGCUUCAGCGUGCGCGCGCUGACGGUGGGCGCGGGCGCGGCGGCCGAGGCGCGCGCGCGCACGGGCCCGCAGCCCGGCUCGCCCGCGCCGCCCGCCGCGCUGCGCCUGCGCGCCGAGCCCGCCGCGCUGCUGCUGCGCUGGAGCAACGCCGCCUCCGGCAAGGGCCCGCUGCUCGGCUACUACUUCGAGGCGAGGAAGAAGGACGACACACGAUGGGAGACAAUAACUCGAACGAGCAAUGGAAUAUUGGAAGAAUUCACUAUUUCUUACCAAAGCCUGCUGCCCUCAACAGCUUACUCAUUCCGAGUGAUAGCAUACAAUAUGUACGGUAUCAGCAACCCGGCAUAUAGUGACAAAGUCAUUGUCACACCCUCAAAACUAUACUUGGAAUAUGGGUAUCUACAAUAUCGGCCGUUUUAUCGAAGGACCUGGUUUAUGGUCGCACUAGCUGCGGCUUCCAUCGUCAUCAUAAUUAUGGUCAUCGCAAUACUUUGCGUCAAAAGCAAAAGUUACAAGUACAAAAAGGAGGCGCAGAGGACACUGGAGGAGUCGCUAGGCGGCGAGACGGACGAGCGCGGCUCACUGGCACUGGACCUGUACCGCUCGCGGCAGAACUCGGCCAGCGGAGGGGCGGCGGGUGGGGCGGGGGCGGGCGGCACGUUGCGCCGCAAGCCGCCCGCCCUGGCCAAGUCCCCGCCGCGGCCGUUGCCCGCCUCCGUGAAGUACCAUAGCGACGAGGAGAGCCUGCGCGGCUACGACGAAAACCCCGACGACUCGUCGCUCACCGAGAAGCCCUCCGAGAUGAGCUCGUCGGACUCCCAGAAUUCGGAGAGCGAAAACGAGAGCGUUAGAUCGGAGCCGCACUCGUUCGUGAACCACUACGCGAACGUGAACGACACGCUGCGCGAGUCGUGGAAGCGCCAGCGGCCCGUGCGCAACUACUCCAGCUACACGGACUCCGAGCCCGAGGGCAGCGCCGUGGUGAGCCUCAACGGCGGCCAGAUCGUCAUGAACAACAUGGCGCGCUCGCGGGCGCCGCUGCCCGGCUUCUCGUCCUUCGUAUGACAGCAGCCCGCCGGCGCGGCCCCCGCGCCCCCCGCGCCCGCCCUGCACAUUUAGUACGCACUGCCGCCCCAAUCUCAUGAGCCUCCCGCGUCUGACUGUCAAUGAUCGAUAUUUGUUAUGCAAUUAUAUGCUGAAACGCACGGUGCUUCCCAUCCUUUUAUCGAUCGAUAGAUAGUAGAACAUUUACAAGAAACGACCUAGAUCUUUUUUUCUUGUAUUACUCAAAUGGACCCAUACACAUUCAUCAGUAUAUUAAAUUCCUUUUGUAAAUUCGACUACUUUUGUAAAUUUACUUAUUUCCUUAAUUCGUAGCGUCUAUUUUAUUGUGAUAAAGAGAUGACAGCAAAUGGAAGACUGUUGCAUUGAAUCGAACAGAAUCUCGAUGCAAGUCACACCAGCUAAGUCGGACACGGGUAGAAGCCCUAAUGAAUUUGUUUUAGAAAACAUGCUUGUACAUAUUGAUAAAUGUUAAGUUUUAUUUUUAACUAACUUCAGUUAGUAGCUGUAUAAUAUAGAAAUAUAUUUAAUUAUAAGGACA